GCAAAAGCAGCCGUGAAAGGCACCGAGAGCAUUCAUUUGUACGACCUGAAGUCGACGAAAGCGUCGCCAUGCCAAGAUUUUCUCUUAACUGCCUAUUCGUUUUUGUCUUUUCGGCACUAUUUCUGCCCCUUUCGGCACUAUUCUGUUCCCAAAUUUCGCGUGCUGUUUGUCUCUUGCCACGAUUGCCCGAUUUGCGAUAUAAGAACUCGUGUUCCAGUAGGUAUCUCUACAAUCAUCUGUCUCAAGCAAAUGAUUUUCAGCCCCCUUGAUUGAGACAUUGUUUCCAAAAAUACUGUCAUUCACGAUGAGUCGCCUUUCGCGGGUGCUGUUGGUAGCAACUGCUUUGCAGUCCACCGCUUGGGCAAAGACAGUCAAAGAAACUCUGCGUUUUACGUGGGAGUCAGGUGCUCCGAAUGGACAGGAAAGAGAAUUCAUUCACACCAAUGGACAAUUUCCUAGCCCAACUCUUGUUUGGGACGAAGGGGAUGACAUUGAAAUAACAGUUUACAAUGACAUGCCCAAGAAUGUUACCGUGCACUGGCAUGGCCUAGAUCAAAAAGAUACUCCUUGGGCGGAUGGCACGCCUGGCCUCUCGCAGCGCCCGAUCAAAGCCGGUGGGGAGUUCGUAUACAAGUUCAAGGCGUCUCCUGCGGGGAACCACUGGUAUCACUCUCAUGAGAGGAUGUCUCUCGUUGAUGGACUUUACGGAGCCAUACACAUCAGGCCGAAGCUAGAUCGCACAGACCUAUGGGCACAAAUCAGCGAUGACGAAGAGGACAUCAAGGCCAUGGAGCAGGCUGCCCUUGACCCCGAAUAUCUGGUUGUAUCUGAUUGGAGCCAGUAUACUUCCGAUGAAUAUUGGAAGAUCUCUACUGAUUCGGGCAUGCUCGUCUUCUGCCUCGAUAGUAUUUUGGUCAACGGUGUAGGCAAUCUUUACUGCCCGGGUCAGGAAUUCCUUCAAAGCGAGCUUGCUCCAGGUCUGGUUGAGGAUGCUUUCCCACCAGGCACUGAGGUUUCAGACAAAGGAUGUUUCCCAGCGGACCUCGAUCAAGUUCAAGGCGGGCCCUGGAACGUCACUAGACGCCCAGAUCUUAUUCCACCGCGUGUCCAAGAAGGCUGCGUUGCAUCAGAGAAUGCAAAUGCAACCAUCACUGUCGACCCAUCCAAGAACAAUGGCUGGGUUAGUUUCCACAUUGUAGCCGCCGCUACUAUUGCUCAGAUUGCCUUCUCUGUUGAUGACCACCCGUUUUAUCUGUACGAGGUUGACGGCAACUACGUUAAGCCAAAGAAGUUCGUCUCGGCAGUCUUGUCAGCAGGCGAGACUUUUUCGGUCAUGAUCAAACUUGAUCAAGAACCGGGUAGAUACCAGAUGCGCAUUCCCAACUCUGGAGCAUCCCAGGUACUCGGAGGUUACGCCGUAAUGGUCUACGAAGGGCAUGAGGACGAUGAAACGUCGGAUUCACCAUACCUUUCCUAUGGAGGCAACCCUGCUUCACCAGAGGUCGAGGAAAAUUCAUACUUCCCAUGGAUGCUGCAGACGGACCACGCGGAGCCUUGGCCUCCGAACAAGCCCCGACCUGGCAAUGCUGACCAGGAAGUUCUUCUCGCACUUGGUCGCGUUGGCGCACCCUACAAUUAUACCAUGAACACCAAGUACCUAUUACCCAUCGAUUUUCACAACAAUGACCCAUUGUUAUUCUUUCCCAACUCCACUCUUGGCACCGAGAGUGAAAACCUGGUGAUCCGUACUAAGAAUGGAACCUGGGUCGAUCUUAUUCUGCAGGUCUCUACUCUGCCUGGCGAUGAAUCUGCCUUUGAGCACUUCAUUCACAAGCACGGCAGCAAGACAUGGAGAAUUGGCUUUGGCUCUGGUGUUUGGAACUACACCAGUGUUCAAGAGGCAAUUGAUAUACGGCCCGAGGAUUUCAACCUGGAGACUCCUGGCCUGCGCGACACGUGGAUCACAGAAUUCUCCAUCGGUGGCGAGGCUUCCUGGAGCGUUUUCAGAUACUAUGUGGAUAACCCAGGUCCAUGGCUGUUCCACUGCCAUAUCGAGCUCCAUCUGAUGGGCGGAAUGGGCAUUGUCAUCAUGGAUGGUGUGGAUGCCUGGCCCGGGGAAGAUACUAUCCCAACCGAGUAUAGGCUCACUUAACGAUCGAAAGCACCAGUCGGAUAUUGACAAAUAUUACGUAUGGGGGGGUUAAGUUGCUAAUUUUAUAUGCAGUGUCUAGUUUUGCUGAUAUAGAAGAACACACUUAGAGCUAGAGAAUCCACGUAUAUGCUGCAUGCUAGAGGUCUUUGGCGAUAGUUUUGUGACAGCCAAAAUAUGCCAGAAACAACAUCCUGUCGCCAGAGGUUACUACAAUGAUAGUAACACUGAAUAUGUGUAACUCUCAGUAUGUGUUACACUUAAUAAGCGUAACAUUUAAUAGAUGUAACAUUCAAUAUAUGUAUGUCUCAAUAUAUGUCUCAAUAUACGGG